AUAUCGGUGAAUGCUUAUAUAAAAUUCGUGAUGAUAGUGUUAGACCAAGACAUUUUCUUGGCGUAAACAAUGCAGAUGAAAUAGAAGCUAUACUCUCAGAUCGUGAGGGUUAUUCCUUAUAUGAAAUCAUUAAUAGGAAUGAGCUACUUCGUCCCAUCAUAGAUUUUGAUUUACCAAUAAAAAUACUAAAUGCUAUAACUUCUCAGCUUUCAUACAAACAGGUGGGCAAUUUAUUAUGUUGCUCUUUUAGAGAUACUU